CCAUGUCUGCCUGUGUCUGUGUGGAAGAAGCCUGCAGCUUGCUCAGCCUUUUUCCUCCGCCUCUUUAGCAUCUUCAGGAGGCGGCAAACAGGGGCUGGGCUGCUCCAUGCUCUGCUGCAUUUAUUUCCUGCAGACCGUGGCCUUAACCAUCUGCGCCUCCCUGCGGCUCUCCGCCGGCGUUGGCCUCCGCGCCCUCUGAACUCGUCUGUUCCACCUUCCUCCAUUCUCCUCGCCGUCUCCCGCCAUCGCGUCCAGCUGUGGCCCUCACAGGGCGCGCUCGCUGGCUCUCACCUGACAGGUCCCUGGCCUCAGGACGACAGCCAGCAACAACACGUUCCCUAUAUGAGGGACAAAGCGACGCAGACCCCCAGGGCCUGGGCAGAUGAGAGGAGGAGGGGCUCUCACAAACGCUCGGCCUCCUGUGGGAGCACCGACCAACUCAAGGAGAUUGCCAAAUUGCGUCAGCAGCUCCAGCGCAGCAAGCGCAGCAGCCGCCAUCGGAGGGACAAGGACCGCAAAUCCCCGUUCAACGGCAGCCAUGCCAUCAUUCAGUCACAGUCGCCUAUGCCCAAGACCAUCCUCAUACCAAUCCCUAUAUCCAAAUCCUCGGCUCCUCGCUUCCGCAACAGCGUGGAGGGCCUGAACCAGGAAAUCGAGCGCAUCAUCAUCCGAGACACCCCUGAGAAGGAUGAGACCAUCGUUCCGCAGGAUGUCCCCGAUGGCCACCGUGCGCCCCCACCAGUUCCCCCUCAGCGCAGCAGCAGCACCCGCAGCAUCGACACACAGACUCCAUCGGGGGGUGGCCUUAGCGGCAACCACAGCAACUGCAGCAGCCGUCCGGACUCCAUCUCCCCCUCCUACCUCAGCGUCCUCAACGACACGGCUGGAGGCAGCCCCUACGAUGAGAAAGAGCUAAGUCCGUGCUCCCCACUGCCCAAGUACGCCGCCUCUCCCAGACCCAACAACAGUUACAUGUUCAAGAGAGAACCACCAGAGGGUUGUGAGAAGGUCAGAGUAUCUGAAGAGUCCAUGCCCAAACCUCUGGAGGAGAUCCCUCCCUUCCUGUGUCCCGACCGCAACAAGGUCAACUUCAUCCCCAACAGCGGUUCUGCCUUCUGCCUCGUCAGCAUCCUCAAGCCCCUGCUUCCCGCCCCGGACCUCAACUUUCGCCCGGGUGUGGGCCUCCGGAGCCUGUCCCCAUCCCUGGUGCCUCUGUCCACCCAGCCCUGUCUCCUGGAGGAGCCUGAGAGCUUUUGACUGCCCCAUUGGCCUCAAAGUCAACAACUCUCUUUCCCCUUCCUAUCAGCUGAAUCAGAAAACACUACGGAAUCAACCGUUUUGCUCCUAAAACAAAACAAAAAAAAAAUGCCUUUAGCAUGCCAGCUAAGCUCUCUCUGAUGUCCUUCUUUUGUUAAAAAGCUCUUCCCACUGCCUCCUCCUCUGACGUGAGACUCCUGCCUUCCAGAGCAGGUGUUUGUAGCUCACAUUUCACCGCUUUCUUCUACCUUCAACACUGGUUCUGUUCCUGUUCUUCUAGGAGGAAACGGGGAGAAAAAAAAGACAGACAUUUCUUUUGAUUUCAUCGUAUUAUACCAUGGCGCCUUUCCACAGACAUAUCUCUUUUUCUAUCUACGGUUGUUUGUCUUGAUAUAAAUUAUGCCUUCCAUUAUGACAAAAAAAAAAAAAAAAAAGGCCGCUGGUUUUCUUGGAGACCGCCAGAUCGACCACAGAGGUUAACUUUGGUGCUGCCAGAUGAAUCGUAGCAUACCUUGAAGGGAUGUGAGAAAUUCAAAAAUGUGCCUGAUGUUUUAGACCGCAGUUUCCCUGAACCAUCAUAAUGCUGUGAGCGUAAUUAUGGUCAUUGCAGUAUGAAGGCCGUAGAUACAAGCAGCAAAGCAGAUAAAGUACAAACAGCGUAUCCUUAAAAUACUUGCAGACCAAAUCCUGGGAUCUGUUUGCUACUUUUUUAUCAGCCGUUUGCUGGGUAUCUAUGGGAAACACAGGCCAGGGCUAUGACGUACGACGCGUGUUCAACCUGUGUCUGCUUGCCCCUCGCCACGCCCAACCUCCCUUCAGCGCCAACCUUUUGCUCACCCUCGCCCAUCUUUUCUCCGUUUUGCAAGCUCUUUCUCUUUGUUGAGGUCCUCCUGUCUUGGUCGGCUUGUAUUGCUUUUGGAAUGCAUCUACUUGCAGGGUUUUUCUCACGGAGAGGCUGGUCAACCCAAGCUUCCAUGCAUCCGCAGACCAUCGGGGCAAUCUGGGUCACAGAAAAUAGACAAUUUUAAACUAUUUCUAUAGCCAGCAAAGAAUCAAAUGAAACAGUGUACUGUUAAUGGUUAAAACAAACUACACUUAGUAGAGCAUCUUUAUAUUUAGUCUCUUUAUCGUCCUAAUUUCAGAUUGACUUAACCUAGAACUGGUGUGGCCCAUAUAAACGUAUAUAAUCCAUUACUAUGCUAGAGAUGUACAAACAAAUUUGGUACGAGGUUGAUCGGUUGAUUAACAUCAAAACUGUAUGGUAGUUGAAAGCUAUCUACUUUCAAUACUCCCGUGGUCGGAGUAUUAAGGAUUCAAUAUCAUAAGAUAUGAUAUUGAAUCCUUUUGAUCAUUUUAAGAAUACCUAAAAAAAAGAAAAAAAAGAAGAAAAAAAAGUGGAGCUUUUUCACCUUGCUAAGGGUAGACCUCCUAAAAUACGUAAUUCCCUUUAGAAAUCUUCCUGGACAAAUGCUAUCAUACAAGAUUCAAUAAAGUGGUCAUGAACUUUACUAAAAUGUUACUUCUGAGAAUUAUUUCUCAGAAGUAACAAACAGUGUGAGAUAUUUUACCGUCUGUCUGGUAUCGAACUGGCUAGAAUUGGAAAUGUUGGUAGUUUUUAAAUCUUGGAAUUAAGGUAAAGAAUUUCACAGAUUGAGCUGUUUUGGUAAUGCUAACCAUGCUAAUUGAUUACAUAAGUUUCUAAAAGGCUUAAAUAUCUCAACUACAUCGGAAUUUUCUGCUUGAAAAUUUUAUGAGUAAUGUUUUACAGCAACUGCUGUGUCAAACUUGUAAUCCUAAAUAGCUAAUGAUUGUUAAUGAUAAAUUUUAAGGGAAACAGAACUGGCUCAAGUCAAUAUCCACAGAUCAAAGUCUUACAAAACCAAAGAUUGGAAAUCAGUUCCAAAAUACUUUAAUGGUUCAUCUCUAAUAGUUUUUUUUUUUUUUUUUUUUCUUUGGUUGUGGGUGGUAAGAAAAUAUUAAGUCUAAACUGAUUGGCCAAUUUGUCUGACACCUGCAGUAUUACAGUUUUUCUAAAGAAGAAACAAACAAAAGCUUACCUUUCAAGUCAUUAAGCAACGGAGCAUUCGGAAAUUGUGCAAAGCUGAAAUUCUUGUCGCGUGCCAUAUUUUUGGAUGACUAUUUGACGAACAUUUGUUUUUGAAAAUUGUUGCAGUUGCUUUGGGAAAGAACUUAGCCUAGCACUGUCUUAGUCAUGCUCAUGAUAAACAGCAGCUGUUUGAGUGUCUCCAGUUAUUUCAUUGUCUACUUUUUUACAUUGAUGUCUACAAUUAAGCUGUAUGAAAUUCACAAAUUCUACAUUUUAGAAAGACUAAAUAAUCCAGAAUAAUACAAAUUAACUAAAAUACACUUCACUUUUUAAUGAAGAUAUAACAAAAGUUUCACUGAGAUAAACUGAAUCCGUUUAGAUGACUGUAGUUUACACAUUGACAGCCUCUCCGUGUCAGAACCCACUCUCCUGUAUUUUUUGUAGAUGUCACAAUUAAUUAACGGUGCCUGCUACAGUGGGACAGGAAUGUACUGGACUUGUAAAUACAGAGGCACUGUGUUUGUAUUACUGGCUGACAGAGAUAUGUAAUGGGACGAGGCAAACAAGUGUAACGUACGACUUCUCAGCUGAGUACUGUGAAUUACAACUUGACUCAUUAUUGUGAAUAAUAACGUAUUUAUUUAUCAGACAGGAGAGGAAUUGGGUCUUUGGAGAUUUCUAAGCAAGAACUGACAUCUCAGGUCGUAGAGAAUAGGACACAAAGAUAUAUGCUAACAUAAACAGAGCAAAACGACAACUGCUUUCUAUGUAGCCUCACACGGUGGAAAUCCCGACUGACUUUAAUUUGUAGCAGAGUAGAUGUAGAAAAGUGUGGAUGUUAUUUGUUCAGCGACCCGACUUGGAGCAACGGCUAGUUACGACGAAAAAGGGAGAGAAAAAAUAAUAAAAAAUUGGCCUGUUCCGAAAUCCACUUGCUGAAACACAAUCACGACGAUGGCGGCAUGUUCCGACUUGUCGCUUGGAAAUGUCACCAAAAAA